AGCUACUAGAGAGCUUUCAAUUAAUCCACAUAUUUCAGUCAAUUGUCGUGCGUGUUGAUUGUCGGUUCCACAUUCGCAGUUUAAAUAAAAUGAAAUCUGUUUUGUUUCCAUAUGUGCUAUACUUAAGCCUAAUGCUCAUCCUAGCUGAAACACAGGCUAACGAAAAUGAGUCUUGUGUGGCAACCAGAAUAGCAGAGGAAAAAUGUGGAGAGCACAUAAGGCACAUAUAAGGCUGUGAGACCUUUGUUAAAGUAUAUUCAUCAGAUGAAGGAGGAAAUUGAAAACAAUAACAAUAAGGUUGAAGGCAAAGACAGGGAAAUCCAGCAACUGCAGGAAAAGCUGAACCAACGUAAUGAAUUGGUCAUCGAGGAACUGAGAGCUCAGAAUGAAUUCUACAAACAGAGUAUCAAAGAGCUAACGAACAACGUUUUAUCAAUAAAAGAGCAAAUGAGUAAACCCAAUUCCAAUGCCAUAAAAAUGCAGGACUAUGAAGAGCAGCUGGAGAAACAAAAGAAGUCAAUUGAUCAACAGGCCCAACAAAUAUCCGAACUCAAAAACGAAAUCCACAUUUGUGCCAAGAAACUAAAAAGCUGCGAAGAGAAGCCCGUUUACGGCGAAUGCACCGACUUUGCUGAUGCUCCGGGUAUCCAUAAGAUUAAUCCGGAUAAAUAAGCUCCCUUCGAUGUACUUUGUGACAGUGCGACAGCAGGUCCUGGUUGGACGGUUAUCCAGCAGCGAAUCAACGGUAAGGAGGAUUUCUAUAGGAGUUGGGCCACAUAUCGUGAAGGUUUUGGUUCCUUUGAUGGCGACUUCUUCCUCGGUCUCGAGAGGAUUCAUCGCUUGACGCGCGCCCAACCCCACGAGCUCUACAUACAUAUGGAAGGAUUUGAUGGUGACAUCAAAUACAGAAGAUACGAUCAAUUUGCCAUUUCUGGCGAGGAGGACCAAUACACCUUGAUCACCUUGGGCAAAUCUGAGGGCAGUGCAACUGAUGAUAACUUGAAAUACCACAAAGAUAGGAAAUUCACCACAUACGAUCGUGACAAUGACAAUUUGAAUUCUUUCAACUGC